CCUCCCCCGAUGCCCGUGCAAGGCCCCCAGUGUCGCGGCGUGUCGCUUCUCCUCCCUAAAUCCCUCCCAGUUCCUUAGCAUCCUUUGAGCUGCCAAAAGCCGCUGACCCCUGCCAGCUUGGCUGUAGGACGCCUGGGUCCCGUUGCCAGAGGCGGAGGGGUGGGGGGAGCUUUGCCACGACUCCUUAAGCCCAUUAACCUGCCUGUCUAAUUCCCCUGUCUCCGGGGAGACGGGCACUCUCUACCCAUCACCAGGGGAUUUGGGAAAUCAAGGCGGACGGGACGGGAUGGGGCAGGGGGGCGGGGAGAAAAAGAAAAGUCCCAGCUGCUCGCUGAGCCAAGCGGCCGCGGGUACAGAUCGUCUGGGCGCCUCUGUGGGAGGAAGGCUGGGGUGGUGGUGAGGGGUCCGGUGGAUGCCGGGAUGUGGCUGGCGUGCGCUCUCCUCUGGGCCCUCUGCUGGGUGCCUGGCAGCAGGGGGGAGUAUGCCCUGCCCAAGUUCGUCUGCAGCCCCAUGCCCCUGGAGCUGGAUACGGGCUGCCAGCAGGCCCCGCAGCCGCGGGCCGGGGGGCACUGGGCGGGCACGCUGGAGGAGGCCAAAGAGACCAUCCUGCACCUGCGGGAGACGGUGGUGCACCAGAAGGAGACCAUCCUGGACCAGCGGGAGGCAGUGCGGGAGCUGACGGCCAAGCUGAGCCGGUGCGAGGGCCGGGCGGGCGGGGAGCCCGGGCCGGGCGGGCACGAGGACAACCUGAGCCACGGGCACCGGGAGGGGGCCGGCCACGAGAACGAGUACCCCCACUUCGGGCACCGCGAGUACUCCGGGUCCCCAGGCGGCGCCGGGAACGAGGCCGCCUUCCACAAGGCCAGCGCCGCCCCCAACACCAUGGAGGACCCCCCCCGGGAGGUGCCCGCCGGCGCCCCCCAGCUGGAGCGCAUGCUGGAGUCGCUCAAGGAGAGGCUGGAGCACCUCCAGCACAGCCGCAACAGUUCCCUGUUCUCCAUCUCCCUGCGUGAUGCCCUGCAGAAGAAAAUCAGCAUCUUGGAGCAUCAGAUCCAAGAGAAAUUCAACGCCACCAACCACCAUGACCACAGCCAUGAGGUGCCGCACCAUGGCCAUGAGGAGCUGCACUGGCACAAGAACGGGGUCCACAGGCCUCAUGAGAAGGGGCACAAGGCAGAGAAGCUGGACGAGGUUUUCCGUGUGGGCUUCCCCCUCCGCACUAACUACAUGUAUGUCAAGGUGAAGCAGACGCUGCAUCACGAGAUCUUCGCCUUCACUGUCUGCCUCUGGCUCAAGUCCAGCUCGGUGCCUGGUGUUGGCACCCCCUUCUCCUACUCCGUGCCUGGCCAGGCCAACGAGCUGGUGCUCAUUGAGUGGGGCAACAACCCCAUGGAGCUGCUCAUCAAUGACAAGGCUGCCACCUUGCCCCUGGCCAUCCACGACGCCAAGUGGCACCACAUCUGUGUGACCUGGUCGACGCGGGAUGGUGUCUGGGAGAGCUACCAGGACGGGGUGCGGCGAGGCAGCGGGGAGAACCUGGCCCCCUGGCACCCCAUCAAGCCAGGGGGCAUCUUCAUCCUGGGGCAGGAGCAGGACACGCUGGGUGGCCGGUUCGAUGCCACGCAGGCCUUCAUCGGGGAGCUGGCCGACUUCCACGUGUGGAGCCACGUCCUGGCGCCGGGUGAGGUCUACAAGCUGGCCACGUGCACUGGCCAUGCCCACGGGGACCUCGUGGCCUGGGCCGAGGGCACCAUGGAGCUGCACGGGGGGGUGGCCAAGCUGCCCUUCAAUGCCUGCCACUGAGCCCCAUCCCACAGGGGGCUGGAGGCCCGGAUGCCUGGGUUCUCUGCGGCUCAGGGAGAGGAGUGGGGGCUAGUGAUUAAAGCGGCGGAAGGGUUGGGGGGCUGGAAGCCAGAGCUCCUGGGUUCUAUCCUUGCCUCUGGGAGAGAGGGGAGUGGGGUCUAGUUAGUGUUUGUUUGCAUGUGUGGCUGGAAGUCAGGCCGCCUGGGUCCUUUCUCCAAGUCUGGGAGGGGAGUGGGGUCUAGUGGUUAGAGCAGGGGGGCUGGGAGACCCCCCCUUCCUCUCCUGUUGUAUACAGCUGUGGCUGUUGGCCUGGGGCUGGCUGUACAUAUGCGGUGUCCGGUGUUGCGUAGCUCGGCGCUGUUUUACGUAGGAUUCGAUGCUAUUUUCUUCCUCAGAAAGGACAGAAUAAACCUGCCAAGGAAGCAGCCGCCACCCCAGCGCUGCCUGUGAGUCAGUGCUUUGUCUGAGCGCGCCAAAUACCCAACACGCCCCACCCCAGAGGUGGCCACAUCCCACCAGCAGGCAAAGGGUCCCACCGGGUUUCCCUAAUUUUCUACCUCAAUAUGCAGAAUGAAUGAGAAAACUCACGUGGCAAGAGUGGGACUGAAGGGUUCGGAGCAUGGUGGGAGGCUCAGGCCUGGGGCAGAGGGUUGGAGUGUGUGAGGGUGCAGGCU